AUGGCCCCACACAUCAGCACCUCUUCCACACAUAAUACACCACCAGCAGCCAUCCCUCUCUCUCCCAUCUCUCAUUCACGUUGGCAACCAGAGAAGAGAGAGGAGAAAGGAGAGGAGAAGGGAGAAGAGAAGAGGAAGAUGAAGAGGAAGAGGAGGACGCCCCUCCCACUGCUGCAGGUCGCCGGAGGAGCUCUACCACGCCACCACCUCGCUGAAGCUGGGGAAGAUAAAGCCCCAUGGUCAUCUUCAACUUCAAGACAAGGAGAAGCUUUCCCAUGGUCGAUCUCUGUCCUUGAGCAACUCCGAGCCAAACUGCUGCACCUAGAGGUCUUCCACGACAUGCAAGAGGAGUAA